AAUUUAAUCUUGCAGUUUGAUCAGGCAGAAUCGCCCACCGCCGCCGCCACCACCACCGCCACCACCACCAGGCGACGACCGAACAUGUACGGCUCAGGCUCUCAGACCGGUGUUUCCACCCCCCGAUCACAAGCCGUCUCGAGACCUCUCACCCUCACACACGGCUCACUCGAAUACACCUUCUUAAUACCCACCGCCCUCCACUUCAACGCAACUCAACUCAAAGAUGCCUUCCUCCACACGCUUCCCGAAGCCACAGAAGAGCUUGCCCAGGAUGAUGAGCCGUCGUCCGUCACCGAGCUCGUAGCACGCUACAUCGCUUUUAUUGCGAAAGAAGUCGACGAAGGCGACGACCCGGAAGUCUUCGUUGAGGUCCUGAAACUCCUCCUCCAAGAAUUCGAGCGCACUUUCCUCCGUGGCAAUGAAGUCCAUGCCAUUGCUGCAAACCUUCCAGGUAUUGUGGAGAAGAAGCUUGUGACCGUGCAAGCAUACUACGCAGCUCGUGCCGCAGCGAAGCGCAACAUCAGAGCCCACGAAUCCGCACUUCUCAGAGAAGCUGCAGAUGACAAUGCCUACAUUUACGCUGUCUUUGGCGGUCAAGGUAACAUUGAAGAGUACUUUGACGAACUGCGCGAAAUCUACACCACCUACCCAUCGCUGGUCCGAGAUUUCUUGAGUGUCGCUGCUCAGCACCUUCAGUACCUGUCACGGGACCCACGAGCUUUCAAGAGCUACCCCAAAGGUCUUGACAUUCUCCGAUGGCUCGACAACAAGGAAGCCCAGCCAGACACCGAUUAUCUCGUCUCUGCCCCUGUCAGCUUCCCAUUGAUCGGCCUCACACAACUCGCGCACUACGUCGUCACUUGCAGAGUCCUUGGCACGCAUCCGGGACAUGUACGAGAACGUUUGUCCGGAUGUACUGGCCACUCGCAAGGUGUCGUGACAGCGACCGCAAUCGCCGCCUCGUCAAAUUGGGAAACCUUCGACAGCCAAGCGCGCAACGCUCUCACAAUUCUUUUCUGGAUUGGUGCACGCAGUCAGCAAGCAUACCCCAGAACUUCGCUGGCACCUAAUGUCUUGCAAGACUCCAUCGACAAUGGCGAGGGCUCACCUACGCCCAUGUUGACAGUGCGAGAUCUGCCUCGAGAGACAGUUGAUAAGCUGAUCAAGCAGACCAACGAGCAUCUCCCACAAGAUCGACACAUUGGCAUCUCCUUGAUCAACAGCGCAAGGAAUUUCGUCAUCACAGGUCCGCCAAUGUCCCUUUAUGGUCUCAAUCUCCAGCUCCGCAAGAUCAAGGCACCGACUGGUCUCGACCAGACCCGAAUCCCUCACACGCAGCGAAAGGUCCGCUUCACCAACCGCUUCCUCCCCAUCACAGCACCAUUCCACAGCCCCUACCUCACAGAGGCAAUCAAGAACCUCGAGACAGACCUCGCCGAAAUUCACAUCCCAGCAUCGCAGCUCGGCAUACCUGUGUACGACACCUACACGGGUAACGACAUCCGCAAACAGAAUGGCGAGAACAUUACGAGCGCGCUUGUGCGCAUGAUCUGCCAAGAUCAGGUCAACUGGGAGGAGGCCACGGUUAUGCCCAAUGCCACGCACAUUCUGGACUUCGGUCCUGGUGGCAUUUCUGGACUUGGUGUUCUCACCAACCGCAACAAGGACGGAACUGGUGUCCGGGUCAUUCUUGCAGGAACCAUGGAUGGCACCAACACCGAGGUCGGAUACAAGCCAGAGAUCUUCGACCGCGAUGCAGAGCACGCUGUCAAGUAUGCUGUCGACUGGGUGAAAGAGUACGGACCAAAGCUUGUCAGGACAUCUGCAGGUCAGACAUUUGUGGACACAAAGAUGAGCAGAAUGCUCGGUCUUCCUCCCGUCAUGGUUGCAGGAAUGACACCUUGCACCGUGCCAUGGGAUUUUGUAGCAGCAACGAUGAGCGCUGGCUACGAGAUCGAGCUCGCUGGUGGUGGCUACUACAACGACAAGAGCAUGACUGAGGCGAUUUCAAAGAUUGAGAAGGUCAUUCCUGCUGGUCGUGGUAUCACGGUCAACUUGAUCUACGUGGCUCCUCGUGCUAUGGCAUGGCAGAUCCCCAUGAUCGGCAGACUACGAGCUGAGGGUGUGCCGAUCGAGGGGUUGACGAUUGGUGCUGGCGUGCCAUCUAUUGAGGUCGCUAACGAGUACAUCACCACGCUCGGCAUCAAGCACAUUGGCUUCAAGCCCGGCUCAGUCGAGGCCAUUCAGCAGGUCAUCAACAUCGCCAAGGCCAACCCAGGUUUCCCGGUCAUGAUGCAGUGGACUGGUGGUCGUGGAGGUGGUCACCACUCUUACGAGGACUUCCACCAGCCUAUUCUGUCCAUGUACAGCAGAAUCAGGAGGUGUGACAAUCUCGUCUUGAUUGCUGGCUCUGGUUUCGGUGGUGCCGAAGACACCUAUCCUUACUUGACUGGUGAGUGGGCUAAGAAGUUUGGCUACCCACCAAUGCCAUUCGACGGUGUCCUAUUCGGAUCUCGCUGUAUGGUCGCCAAGGAGGCGCACACCUCGAAGGCAGCCAAGCAGGCAAUCGUUGACGCCCCUGGCCUCGAAGACCACGAGUGGGAGAACACCUACAAGGGCCCUGCUGGUGGUGUGAUCACUGUUCGCUCCGAGAUGGGCGAGCCGAUCCACAAGAUUGCGACUCGCGGUAUCAUGUUCUGGGCGGAAAUGGACCAGAAGAUUUUCAGCUUGGACAAAGCCAAGCGCAUCCCAGAGCUCAAGAAGCAGCGAGAAUACAUCAUCAAGAAAUUGAAUGAUGACUUCCAGAAGCCAUGGUUCGGCCGCAACAAGGCUGGCGAGAGCGUCGACCUUGAGGACAUGACAUAUGCCGAGGUCUUGCGCCGAAUGGUUGACCUGAUGUACAUCAAGCAUCAAAAGCGCUGGAUUGACAAGUCUCUCGCAAGACUCACCGGCGACUUUAUCCGCCGUAUUGAGGAGCGCUUUGCGGAGUCGGAUGGGCAAGGAUCUCUCAUCCAGAACUACAGCGAGCUUGACGAGCCAUUCAGCACCGUCGACAGGGUCGUCUCGACCUACCCAGAGUCCGACAUCCAGCUCAUCAAUGCCCAGGAUUGCCAACACUUCUUGCUCCUCUGCCAACGCCGAGGCCAGAAGCCCACUCCAUUCGUGCCUUGCUUGGACGACACCUUCGAGUUCUUCUUCAAGAAGGACUCUUUGUGGCAGUCUGAGGAUCUUGAUGCGGUCGUGGACCAGGAUGUUGGCCGUGUCGCGAUUCUGCAAGGCCCAAUGGCUGCGAAGUAUUCUACCAAGGUUGACGAGCCUAUCAAGGAGAUUCUUGACGGCGUUCACGAGGGACACAUCAAGAACUUGACUCGCGAUCUUUACGCCGGCGAUGUCAACAGAAUCCCACGCAUCGAGUACUUCGGUGGCAAGCUCAUCGAGGCAAGCCCAGAGAUCAACUUGGAAGGCUUGACUGUCAACGAGUCUGAGCAGCGGAUACUCUACCGUCUCUCUGCAGUCUCUGGCACUGCGCUCCCACCAAUCGACAACUGGAUGCAGCUGCUUGCCGGCAAGGCACACACCUGGCGACACGCCUUCUUCACCGCGGAUGUCUUCGUGCAAGGUCAGCGCUACCAGACUAAUCCGAUGCGCCGAAUCUUUGCACCAACCCCAGGCAUGGUCGUGGAAAUUGCUUACCCCAACGAGCCAAAGCGCACUGUCAUCAGUGUCAAGGAGCCAUCACACGGUGCUCAGUACGUGCAGACUAUUGAGGUUGCUCGAGACAGCAAGGGUGAAAUCGUGCUCAGAAUGAUUGAGGAUCGCACCGCCACUGGCAAGCCUGUUGCCCUGCCACUUCGCUUCACUUACCAUCCAGAGACUGGAUACGCUCCGAUUCGCGAGAUCAUGGAAGCUCGCAACGAUCACAUCAAGGAGUUCUACUACAAGAUUUGGUUUGGUGAUGAAGCCUGCCCAUUCGACACUCCAGUCACUUCUCGAUUCGACGGUGGCCGCGCCACUGUUACCAGUGAGGCCAUCGCCGACUUCGUGCACGCUGUCGGCAACACUGGUGAGGCUUUCGUUGAGCGACCGGGUAAGGAAGUCUUCGCGCCUAUGGAUUUCGCCAUUGUUGUUGGCUGGAAGGCCAUCACCAAGCCAAUCUUCCCUCGCAAAAUUGAUGGUGAUCUCUUGAAGCUUGUCCAUCUCUCAAAUGGAUUCCGCAUGAUUCCAGGUGCUACUCCACUGAAGAAGGGUGACGUUCUGGACACCACCGCUGAAGUCAACGCUGUCAUCAACCAAGACAGUGGCAAAAUGGUCGAAGUGAAGGGCACUAUCACACGCGCUGGCGAGCCGGUGAUGGAAGUCACCAGCCAGUUCUUGUACCGUGGCGCAUACAACGACUUCGAGAACACAUUCCAGCGCAAAGACGAGACGCCAAUACAACUCCACCUUGGCUCUACCAAAGACGUUGCAGUUCUGCAGUCCAAGGAGUGGUUCAAGCUUGAGAACACCGUUGUCGAUCUCCUUGACCAGACGCUUGUGUUCAAGCUCCAAACACUCGUGCGCUACAAGAGCAAGAACGUCUUCUCAUCCGUGGAGACCGUCGGUACUGUUGAGCUCGAGUUGCCCAGCAAAGAAAUCAUCAACAUCGCCUCCGUCGAGUACGAGGCUGGAACCUCUUACGGUAACCCAGUCCUUGACUACCUCGAGCGCAACGGCUCCGCACUCGAUCAACCUGUCAACUUUGAGAACCCUAUUCCAUUGAGUGGCAAGACGCCUCUGGUUCUGAAGGCACCAUCAUCCAACGAGACCUACGCUCGUGUCUCGGGUGAUUACAACCCGAUCCACGUUUCUCGUGUCUUCUCACAGUAUGCCGGCCUUCCGGGCACCAUCACUCACGGCAUGUACUCCAGCGCUGCUGUCCGCUCACUCGUGGAGACAUGGGCCGCUGAGAAUAACGUCGGUCGUGUCCGAAGCUUCCACGCCUCUCUUGUCGGCAUGGUUCUGCCAGACGACACUAUCGAGGUCAAGCUGCAGCACGUCGGAAUGGUCGCUGGCCGCAAGAUCAUCAAGAUCGAGGCUCAAAAGACUGACGGCGAGAAUGAAGAGAAGGUUCUCCUGGCAGAAGCCGAGGUCGAACAGCCAGUGUCGUCCUACGUCUUCACUGGUCAAGGUUCGCAAGAGCAAGGAAUGGGCAUGGAUCUGUACAACUCCAGCCCAGUCGCGAAGGAGGUGUGGGAUCGCGCCGACAAGCACUUCAUGGACAACUAUGGCUUCGCUAUCACGAACAUCGUCAAGAACAACCCGAAGGAGCUCACUAUCCACUUCGGAGGUGCUCGCGGCAAGGCGAUUCGCAAGAACUACAUGGACAUGACUUUCGAGACUGUUGCUACCGACGGAAGCAUCAAAUCCGAGAAGAUCUUCAAAGAGAUCUCAGAAGAGACCACAUCCUACACCUACCGAUCACCAACGGGUCUGCUGUCCGCCACCCAGUUCACCCAGCCCGCCUUGACACUCAUGGAGAAGGCUUCUUUCGAGGACAUGCGUUCCAAGGGUCUUGUGCAGCGUGACAGCAGUUUCGCCGGUCACUCUUUGGGAGAGUAUAGUGCCCUAGCUGCCCUUGCCGAGGUCAUGCCCAUUGAGAGCUUGGUCUCUGUCGUGUUCUACCGUGGUCUGACAAUGCAGGUCGCUGUCGAGCGUGACGAAGCUGGUCGCUCAAACUACAGCAUGUGCGCUGUCAACCCAUCGCGUAUCGGCAAGACCUUCAACGAGCAGGCCCUCCAGUACGUUGUUGAGAACAUCACUGAGACCACCGACUGGCUCCUCGAGAUUGUCAACCUCAACGUGCAGAACCAGCAAUACGUCUGCGCUGGUGACCUCCGCGCCCUGGACACCAUGACUGGAGUUUUGAACUACCUCAAGCAGCAGAAGAUUGACAUUCAAUCACUCAUGCAGACCAUGAGCAUGGAGGAUGUCAAGGCUCAUCUUGUUGAAAUCAUCAAGGAAUGUGCCAAGCAGACCGAGGCCAAGCCCAAGCCACUCGACCUCCAACGCGGUUUCGCCACAAUCCCACUCAAGGGUAUCGAUGUGCCCUUCCACUCCACCUUCUUGCGAUCAGGUGUCAAGCCUUUCCGAUCUUUCUUGCUCAAGAAGAUCCACAAGACUUCCAUCGACCCCAGCAAGCUGGUCGGCAAAUACAUUCCCAACGUCACCGCCAAGCCCUUCGAACUCACCAAAGAGUACUUUGAGGAUGUCUACCGCCUCACCAAGUCACCGAGAAUUGGCAAUAUCCUGGACAACUGGGACAAGUACGAGUCUGAUGAGCCGAACUUGCAGCGACCCCGUGCUGGAAGCAUGGCUGUUCCUCAGGCAUAGAGUGGCGGGGCGCCGGCUGUGUUGUCUGCGUUUAUGAAUCAUUAUAUGCGAGCGCGGCGUUAAUGAAUGGGAUUUUCGGAAUGUGCUUGUAAGCCACAGACAGACAGAAAUCAUUAACCAGGCGACUGGAAGACUAUAAAGUUGUAUGUAUCUAGAGCAAUCGAUGACUGUCGUAGCAUUACAAUAUUACGUGAAUGGAUCGACUAUAAAGUUCAUCAUCUG